AUCGCGUGACAGCUUGAACAGCAGUUAAGUUACCUCCGCUUGUGUAAAGCAGAGUAGCCUCUUGGUACACCCGGGAAGAUGAGUCGCGAGGACAGACGAAUGUCCACUUCAGCCACCACAGCAAAAAGACGGGUAUGUCUACCAGUCGAUGGGAGCGCACCUGCCGGCCGAGCAGUGAAUUGGUUUCUCACGGAACUAUACAGACCAGGAGACUAUUUGAUUUUCGUUCAUGCUAUAGAAGCACCAAAUCUACCGACCAUUAGUAUUACGUCAGGACUUAACAUUCCAAUCGAGAUGUGGACGAAGGCCUUGCAAGAAAACAUAAAGCAAACGGAGAAACUGCGGGACGAAUACGGCUAUUUGUGUGAAUCCAAAAAAAUACCCCACGAUUUUAUCGUCAUGAAUGGUUCCCGGCCUGGUGAAGCCAUUCUUGAAGCCAUGAAACAAUUCAAAGUGCAUCUCGUCGUCAUGGGCAGCAGAGGCUUAGGGACUCUCAAACGUGUCUUCCUGGGCAGCGUCAGUGAUUAUGUGCUGCAUCAAACAGAAGUUCCAUGUGUCGUUAUCCCAUCUGGCGUUCCAACGAAAACAGACUCUUGAAUCGAUUAGUGCUUCCCUUUAGAUGUGGUUCGUGGAAGGCACAGCUGUCGAUGUUCAGUUAGCUAACAACCGGACCAUUACAAUGUGUGAUUACUUUUCUAUAUCGUACAAAUGUACCUCCUUCAAAAUAAUAGUACGUGAUUCAAUGAAAUACGGUCUUCUACCGUUCGUCUUAAAGGAGAAGAAGCCAUUGACGCCUUUAUCCAGACAAAUUCGUUGCUUGUCAUGACACUUUUUUGAUGGGCUUGGACAUAUUUUUUGGAAC